CUUUGAGUGAUGGUUUGCAGUUGUUCUUCGUUCCUUUGAUUUAGAUCUACUCUUCAUUUUUCUUUUCCUUUAUUCUCUUCAUUCCUCGCAAUGGCACUGCAGCAGCGCAGUUUCGCCGCGUUCGCAGCAGUCGCAGCACUGCUUGCAUUGAGCAUUGCCGUCCUCAGCGCUCACGCUCGACCAGUCGCUCACAGCGGCGCCGGCGGAUCAGGCGCCCGCCACGUCAAGUCGGAAGCGGCUGCUGGCUGGUCUCGCAUUGCCGCCGUCGACCUCGCGUCGCACUCGCUCGUGCCUGCAGACCAGAACAGCCUCGACCGACGUGCUGUCGAGUUUGACUUUGCUUCCAAUGCAUUCAUCUCGGUUAUCUUUGCCAUCAAGCAGCGCAACACGGACGCACUCGCCUCCAAGCUCAAGGCGGUCUCUGACCCCGCCAGCGAGGACUAUGGCAAGUACAUGACCGUUGAAGAAAUGGCCAAGUUCGUCGACGGCGAGCCAGACGCUGUCAAUAACGUUGUCACCUCGCUCAUCCUCCGAAACGUCGCCUACCGCAUGCCGGCUGCCAACAACUAUGUCAUUGUGGACAAGAUGCCUCUCGCAGUCGCGUCAGAGCUCUUCAUGUGCAAUUUCCACUUGUUUGAAUCCGAGAAGGGCAACCGCAUCAUCAAGACGCUCGAGUACACGCUCGAUUCUGACAUUGCCGACGCGGUCGAUUUCGUGCUCGGUCUGGACAACUUCCCGUCCACUUCGGCUCGCAAAACGGUCAUUUCCAGCGCUCGCCGUGCAGCCACCAGUGACGAUGCCCCGCUCACCGUCAGUCCUUCCUCCAUCAACAUUGCGUACAACUUGAGCAACUACAUGGCCACCAAUCCUGCCACGACCCAAGCUGUCGCCUCUUUCCUCUCGCAAUACUUUACUCCCAGCGAUUUGUCCACUUUCCAGAGCCGCUACAGCGUGCCUCUCAACCCGAUCCGCCAGAUUGUCGGCGGUAACGACCCCAGCAACCCUGGAAUGGAGGCAACUCUGGAUGUUGAGUACAUUACUGCGACCGGGCGCAAUGUCACGACAUGGUUUGUGUUUGAGAGCUCCCUUGUCAACGAAGGCCAGGAAGACUUUUUGAAAUACCUGAUUGGUCAGCUCAACACGACCAACACUCCUUUGGUGCAUAGCAUCUCUUACGGCGACAUUGCAGACACCAUCCCCGAAGACUACAAGGCGCGCGUCUCUAUCGAGUUCCAAAAGUUUGGCGUCAUCGGACGCACCAUUGCUAUCGCUGCCGGCGACAAUGGCGUCCGUUGCGAAAACAAUGUCUUCUCCCCCGAGUGGCCCACCAGUGAUCCCAACGUCCUUUCCAUUGGUGGCACUAUCGCAUCAGGCAACACGGAGCACGUUUGGGCGGACGGCGGUGGUGGCUUUAGCAACACUUUUGCUCGCCCGUCGUACCAAAGUGACGCUGUGGCAAAGUACCUGAGCAGCGGUGUCGCUCCUGCCACCAGCUUCUUCAACAGCUCUUCGCGAGCGUACCCCGACAUUGCGGCAUUUGCGAUGGGCUUUGAAGUGUUUUUCGACGGGGCCCCGGCCACGGUUGGCGGCACAUCCGCAGCCACCCCAACUUGGGCAGGCAUUCUCUCGUUGCUCAACGACGUGCGUUUGAACAAGGGGCUUCCCUCUCUUGGCUUCUUCAAUCCGCUCCUCUACCAACUCGCGACUCAGCACCCUGAGGCCUUCCACGACAUUACCGUCGGCUCGAAUCCUUUUGGUUCCUGCCCAGGCUUCCAAGCUACCACUGGCUGGGACCCCGCCAGUGGCUGGGGCACCCCCAACUUUGGCGUCCUUGCAGCCCUCCUCUCCACCAAAUGAUCAGGGUGCUUGACCAGACCAGCCUCAACUCUGCCCUUCUCUGCCCCUGCAAGUGUGGUUGGAACAAGUGUGGGAUCAACAAACACCGGGUUUAUUAUAUUCACACAGACAGUUCCAAAUGCACACCAAUCUUCAUC